AUGGAGGGCUCAGCAGCAGGGUCAGCACAUCCUCUGGCUCCCUCUCUUGUUGAGGAAGAGGCUGAAGAGGAGCAAAGGAGCACCAAGCCUCCACCUGCAGUCCCUCCACAGCCUGAACCUGCAGAGCCACGGACGGAGCGGCCCAAAGACGCGCUCAACACAGGCUCUGCGAUUCAACGUGCCGCUGGACCAGCACGGCCUGCAGCAGCCAGCUCUGCCCCCGCUGCCGGCACUUCGUGCAGCAGCGCAGCCCAGCAGCCCGAGACGAGAGAGGAGCAGGGCCUGAAGACACUGAGGAGCAUCGUGGGUCUGGGCCAGCCAGUGAGCAAAUACACGGCAUUUGAAGAACUUGGGCGAGGGUGCGCCGGGUGCGUCUUCUCAAGCGAAUGGUGGGCAAUGUCAUUUCAGGUGGCCAUCAAGAUCAUGUCACUCCAAGAGGAGAUGUCCGAGGAGCUGGCUGUCAAUGAAAUCCUGGUCCUGAGGGACAACAGGAAUCCCAAUAUUGUCACCUACUUGGACAGCUACCUGGUGGAUGCGGAGCUCUGGCUGGCCAUGGAGUUCAUGGACGGCGGCACGUUGUUUGAUGUGCUCAGGGCAGUGUACCUGGAGGAAGGACAGAUAGGCGCUGUCUGUCGGGAGUGCCUGCAAGGACUGCAUUUCCUUCACUGCCGCCAAGUCAUCCACAGAGACAUCAAGAGCGGCAACGUUCUCCUGGGCAUGGACGGAGCUGUCAAAUUGGCUGACUUUGGCCUCUGCGCUCAGCUCAGCCCUGAGCGCAGCAAGCGCAGCUCCAGCGUCGGCACUCCCAGCUGGAUGGCACCGGAGGUGGUGCGAGGAGAAGCCUACGGCCCCAAAGUGGACAUCUGGUCCCUGGGGAUCAUGGGGCUGGAAAUGGUGGAAGGGGAAGCUCCUUACCAGAGGGAAGCCCGUCUCAGGGUUUUUGAACUGAUAGAAAGGAACGGGCCCCCAAAACUGCAGAACCCCAGGCAGCACUCGGCUCUCCUGCGCGACUUCCUCCGCUGCUGCCUGCAGGCAGACCAGGACAGGCGCUGGAGUGCCCAGGAGCUCCUGCAGCACCCGUUUGUGACCUCAGGCGAGCCUGCCUCCAGCCUGGCUGCUCUGAUCACCUCAGCCAAGCAAGCGCAGGAUUGACUGGAGAGGAGACGCCUGCGCCUGAGGAGACCCUUGUGCCCCGCCAGCUCAGAGG